ACUGAAGUGCCUCCAUCACUCGGUAGCUUAGUGAUUUCGAAACUCAGAGUUGGGCAACAUCACAGUUAAGGUUUGAGUCCAAGUUACAACAAAUCAGAGGUGGUUGUGGAUCAACGCCACAGUAGUCUCUACAUAUAGUAAACUUAUCAUAGAAGACUCUGGGAAAAUAUGGAAUCAAUCGUUAUCAAAAUAUCAUAUUUAUUAUUAUUAACUGCAAUAUCGCUACUUGUAUCGAAGACCAACUCGUGUCUAACCGGCGACUGUAGCCAACCAGCGGCAAUCAGACAUAGUCAGAGUCACCUCCACCACGAGAGAAUAAAGGCCAUCAAAAUAGAAAUACUGCAGAAGCUUGGAAUGAAAAAACCACCGAACGUAAGUUUAGCCAACACUACUGAAGAAGAAAAAAGGAAAAUGUAUCGCGUUUAUAAGCAGAGCGUCCAAGAGAACAAUGAAAUAUCGCGAGAUCUGUACCCGAAUGGUAAUUUCUACGCCAAACGUUUCUACAGUUUAGUCGAUACCGGUGAACACCCAAUGACCGACGGUGAUUCCAACAGUCCAAAUUCUCAACGAUUUUAUUUUAAAUUAGACAUACCGCCUCCCACCAUUCCGACCAAUAGGUUAACAGUCCAUACAGCCAAAUUCAAGAUUUACAAAGAGGAGGUUCAUCUUGAAAAUAUCUACCCCCCAAACAACAUCGACGGAAAGAUACGUCUGGACGUGCAUUUGAUUCGAGAGCCGCGUAGUAACGGGGGUCCAUUAGUGCGUCGGCUCAUAGAUACCAAACUCGUGUCCCUUCUCGAACCAGGGUGGGAGACGUUUCAAGUAAAGGAAGCCGUGGAUAGUUGGCUCGUUUCUCCUGACGGCAACUAUGGUAUUGAGGUUUCUUUCAGCGGCAGUGAUGACAAAAACAUUAGGAACUUUGUCACAUUCGCGGCGGGUUAUGGAGAAGAAGACGAGUUUCUGAACGACAUAGACACGAGCGAAGACUUUAGACCCGUUUUGAACAUUCAUGUACAGGAGGUUCCAACGUUAUCAAGAAACAGACGAGAUGCAGCGGACCAUAGUGAAUUAUGCGACGUUGACGAUGGCCGACAAAGAUGCUGUCGUUUUCGUUUGGACGUGAACUUCAGGGAUAUAAAAUGGGGCGACUGGAUACUGUCUCCAAAAGUCUAUAAUGCCUAUUAUUGCAACGGGGGCUGCCCGCAUUACCAUAAACCCGCUAGCACGUAUGCGAUCAUCAAGUCCUUGAUGCACAGCGAAGGCGUGUCGCCACCGCCUUGCUGUACAGCGAAGGUCCUGAGUCCCUUGACAUUACUGCAUUACGAUGAAUCUAUUAUUCCCAAACUCACAGUAACUGCAUUCGAUGACAUGGUUGUUGAACAAUGCGCGUGUUCGUGAAGACACCAACAUCCUGCAUUGUUGUAGAUAUAUUUCUUUACAUCUUACAUGCAAGAAUUUACAUGAUAUAUAAAAGCCCACGGCUUGGAGCGUACAUUUUUGUUUUAUGGCCCUUAUUUAUUUAUUUGCGUUUCAAGUUUUGCUUUAUUAAAUUAUUUGAUUGUAAAGUUUACAUUUUCAAAAAAAGCCAUAUUUUGUAUAUUUUGUGUCAUGUUAAAUGCUGCUGCACUGCCUAUAUAUCAAAACUUAAUUUAAUUAUUUCUGUUUAAUUUAAAGCAUUUUCUUAUUAUCUUUAAAACAACUUAACCAUAUCAUAAUAUAUAUACUAAACACAUUAAAACCGUGACAACAUCGUUAAAUCUGAAUUAUUUAUUUGGUCGUAUGCCGCGUGGCAAGUUACGAUGUUGUUAACAGUUUAUUUAUUUAUGUUCAUAUUUAUUGUUUUAUAUGAAUGGUGCUAUAUGUUUUGUAAUAUAUUUGAUACGGUAAUUCAUUGAUUUGUUUCUCUCUUCAGUAACCCUAACUUGCCCGG